UGCUCUGUUGCCAUGGCAACGUGACAUCAAAAUGACGUUUCUCUGUUUAAAAGCUUUUAACUAAAUUCCUGCCUGUCAGAUGUAGGCCCCAUUUUGUGCACUCAGGCUUCAAGCUGUUGCAAAGAGGUUUCAUGUGUUCUGUUGUCAUUCAAAUCCUGGGGCUUCCCGUGCCUGCCUGGCACCGCAGAACCCUAAAAACCCAAGUAAAAAACGACAUUAAGUGUCCUCUUGGAGACUGGAAACCCUUUUAGGUCAAGCAGCCAUGGCUGCAGCAGAAAUCCCCAACUACCUGGUUUCUGCUCAGACUGAGAAGCACAGGAGGGCCAGGAACUGGACUGAUGCAGAAAUGAGGGGCUUAAUGCUGGUUUGGGAAGAAUUUUUUGAGGAGCUGAAAAAAACUAAAAGGAAUGCCAAAGUUUAUGAGAAAAUGGCCAACAAACUCUUUGAAAUGACGGGAGAGAUUCGCCACGGAGAAGAAAUAAAGAUUAAAAUCACAAACAUGACAUUCCAGUACAGGAAAUUAAAAUGCAUGACCGAUAGUGAAACCCUUGCACCUGAUUGGCCCUAUUUUAAAACAAUUGACAGAAUAUUAUCUAAAGUAUCAGAGCACAAUGAUGUGAAAAUGCAUGAUACUCAGCAACCUGGUCCUUCAGCAUCACAAACUGAGGCAUCACAGUCACCAUCUGCCAAGUCUACGCCUCUCUAUUUGCCAUAUAACCAGUUCACAUACGAAGGGAGAGAAGAAUUUUUCGAAGAUGAGCAUUCGGAGAGCUCCUCCAGCUUGCUCUCAUAUAAGUUAAGAACUGAAGAGAGGCCAGUAAAGAAAAGGAAAAUGCAAAACUGUAGCUUUCAAAAGAAGAAGCUAAAGUUAAUGGAAGCCAUGUUGGAGGAACAAAAGAAGCUGAGCCGGGCUAUGGAAGAAACCUGCCGAGAAGUGAGAAGGAUUCUGGAUCAGCAGAACAUUAUCCAAGUCCAGAGUCUGCAGUUACAAGAGAGAAUGAUGAAUCUAUUGGAGAAAAUGAUUUCUAAAGCCAAUGUUUAAUUGCUUUUGAAAUGCUUCCGAAGAAACUACAUUUAUCUAUUUUCCAGAAAUACUGCAUACCUAGGUUUGCCAGUUCCUUCUAGUUAAAUCAAAAUUGUAUUGUGAAUAUAUUUAAAUGAAAAAUCUAAUCAAUAUAGGAUGUGAGCCAUCUGGACAAUUGGUUAUUUGUCAAAAUAAAAUCUAGGCUUA